UCAUCCAGAACUCAAUCAGACGUCGCAGUAACUACAAGUUUCCAAUCACCAACAGCCGCAUCCAGCCUCUUGCCCCAGCACAGUCGCAGUCACAUACACCGAUUAGGCCUCGAAAUCAAUCAGUAACUCACCUUCCAACAACAACAUCACCAAGCUCACAACUUCCACCAUGGCCAACCCCAUGUUCCCGUCCGCGUCCCAUCAAGUCCUCCUCAACCCCGACCUACUCGAUUGCAUCCUUCCGCACCUCAAUACUCCUGCCAUCCAAAGUCUUCGUCUCAUCAACUACUACUUCGAGGAGAACGCGUCGCCGCAUCUCUUCCGCUCUCUUACCGUCGGUCUUCGCAAGCGCUAUCUACGUCGCCUGAAGCGUGUCGCGGAGACCCCGAAGUUUGCCAAAGGUGUGACAGAGUUUGUAUGGGAGACGCUUCACUACACAAUCGAUCCGUCUGGUGGCAUCGGUGGCACUUGCGCAAUAGAAACCGAACUCCGCAGCUGCGCCGAGUGGCUCGGAUAUAGCGAUGCCGGUGAACAGACUCUGAUGCAACUAGGAGGCAGUUCUAGUGCAGCGACGGCUAUGAAGAGAUACCUCGCUCUCCAAGCGGACGAGAUGGCCAUUAUCGGCGACGAAAAUGACGGCUCGUUUCUUGCGCUCUGCAAGCAAGUCACAGCUGGCUUCGAGGCCUUUCCUCGCCUGCGGCACAUCGCUAUCACCAGAUUUGCGGAGAAGCACAGGGCGCUUUGGGACGGAGACGCUUGCCUCGGCCUCAAGACCACGAAUGUAAUGCCGCCUCCAAUUGCAGCGCUUUCGCUUUACCCUUACGCGCCUAGUGAGAUCACUGUACAGCGUAACAACUUCGCCCUACGCACCAUCUUCUUCGCGUUGAUGCAGAGCGGCCGCCAAAUUGAAUCCUUCCGCGUCGAGACUACGACCAAUCUGUGCACGGAACCGCUCUUGUACUGGUACCCUAUACCGGGCAUCCUCCUCAGCUGGGAUGGUCUUGUUGAGGCUGGCGGCGACACCAUCAAGGCCAAAGCAGGCAGCGCGCUCCAGAACGUCAAGGAGGUCAAGCUUGACAUGAGUGACACCCUUCGCUGUGCGACCCUUGGAACCUCGAACUUGUCGGACUUCGUCGCGAGGUGCAACGGCCUGCCCGCCUACCUUGGUUUGUUGAAAGGCCUCGAGACGCUCGACCUGCGCAUCGAGGCUCGCGUUCAAGAUUUCGCCGUCAGGAACUUUGACGAGCCCUACCACUGGCGUGCCGUCAUCUCCCUGGCCAAAGCUGUCGGUCCAGAGGCGCAUUUCGAUCGUCUUCGCAACCUCACCUUGCGGGAUCUGUGGCUGGAGGUCUCGGAGCUGUCGGCUUUCCUGUGUCGGCACGCCGACACGCUUGAGACGGUGCAGCUGUACGGUUUGAAUCUCGGCGGAAUGGGUGCCGUGGGGUUGGUUAUGGCGGAUGUUGCGUCUGUGGGACUCAAUCCGGAGGAAGAGACGGUGUCCUGCUCGAUGUGGGAGGAGCUGGUGGAGGCAUGCAAGGCUCUUCCGAGGCUGGAAGGAUUGGUUAUCGAGAACCUGAGUAUUGGGCCUGAUUGGACGGCGCUCAACGUGUUCGACUGCGAGGCCAUUGUUGACGAGGCGAUGGACGGGAGGGAGAACGCGCUGGCGCCUCGGGGUCGUUUCGGGAACAUGUUGGAGCAGCUUGGUAUGUGAUCUCCUCUGCAAUGAUAGCAAGCGAUCAACAACGGGCUGGCCGUGGGAACGAGCGAGAUAGGGCGGGUUGACUGGGGCGUUGUGGAGUUAUCUUCACGAUGCUCACAACCUUCGACUGCUUGCAUCUGGUGGAGAGCGGUGUGAACGGGCUGGAGAAUGUCAAGCUUGAAGGCCGGGCAGACCGUACGAAGGCUACGCUUCAACCUGGCUGGGUACUGCAGGGCGCUGGGGACAGCGGCUAUGUACCAUUAUGAAGCACUCACUGAGCGAGGAGGUUGUAGUCAUAG